GUGUUAUACAAGUGUUACAAAGGACAGUAAUUCUAUAUAAUAAUAAAUCAGAGUAAGCAUAUAUAUAAAUAUGUCAUUAAAUCACAGCGAUAAUUUUCGCUGAAUGGAUACGCCCAUAAAGAUCUAAGGAGAUUGAGUUUAAAAUUUAUUUGCACUUUUUAAUAAUUCCGAAAAUACAUUUAAUAUCAAUUAUUAAAAGUCAAAAUAAUUCAAGAUGGGUAUACCAGGUUUAACAACUUAUAUUCGAAAUCAUUCUGAACAAUUUCUUCGUUCAUUUGAUUUGCAUGAUACAUAUUUGGUUAUUGAUGGUAGCAGUAUUGGAUGUCAAUUAUAUACUUGCUCUACAAAAUGUAAUUCUGCAUUUGGUGGUGAUUAUGAUAUAUAUGCUGAAAACGUGAGACAUUUUUUUUGGAAACUCAGAAAAUGCAAUAUAACACCAUUAGUUCUACUGGAUGGUGGUUAUGAAACUAGAAAAACAAAAACUAUAAUGAAACGUUUACGUGAAAGAUAUCAAGCAGUUGAAUCUUUUACUCUGUCCAGUCAAAAUAAUACACAUUUAUUUCCUAUUUUGAUGUUCUGUAUCUUUAAAAGUAUUAUGAAAGAAAUGAACAUUAAAUAUAUUCAAUGUUUAUUUGAAGCUGAUAAUGCUAUAGCUAGUGUAGCUAAACUUUUAAACUGUCCUGUACUUAGUAGUGAUUCUGAUUUUUAUAUUUAUGGAGUAUUGUAUAUACCAUAUUAUACAUUACAAAAUUAUAUAAGAAAAUGGAGAAAAUAUGUAAUACCUUGUAAAAUUUAUAAAGUUGAAACUUUUUUAAAUAUAUUUAGUGGAUUGACUGAAUCAUUAUUACCCUUAGCUGCUAUUUUGCUAGGGAAUGAUUACAUACAACAAUACGAAUUCAAAAAUUUUUAUAAGAACAUAAAAUUGCCAAACAUUGGACGUAUUAAUUUUAAUUUACAGCAAUGUCGCAUAGAGGGUACUUUAAAUUGGUUAAGUAAACAUACAUUAAACGAGGCUAUAAGUCUAAUAAUGAGAACAGUGCCACAGGAAAAUAAAAAACAAACGUUUAGAGCAAUUGAGAUGAUCAUAAAUGAAUAUACCAGUAUAUCAAUAAAUAUCUUGGAUCAAUUGGAUUUUUCCAAAGAAGAUAUGGAUAAAAUCAUUUCGCAAAAUACAGAAAAUAAUUGCAAGUUUCAAACAGAUAUAAAUGACCUAAUAAGAGAACUAUCAAAAGAAUAUAAAGAUAUGAUUGAAUGUGAUUUGGAGACUAGACAUGAUGCUUUUAUUAAUAGUUUACCCUCUUGGUUCAUUUAUGAAUUUUCUAAAGGUUCAUUAACAAAUUAUUUUAUAAAUAUAUUAAUGCACAAAUUAUAUAUAUAUCAUGUACAAAUUGAAGAUUAUCGUCAACCUUCAAGUGUAUUUAUAAGUGAAAAAAUUAUUAAUGUUAUAUAUACAUUACUUAAAUCAGAAUUUGAACAAACAAGUAAACCUUCAGAAUACAUAACUAGAGGACAAAAUAAUCAAUUAUCUCAUUAUCCACUAACAUAUAUUGAUAAUAUUGGUUCUUGUAAAAUUUCAUCCUUGCACGAUCUCAGAAAAAUCCCAUUCGAUAUAAGGAAAGAAAUUUAUGACAAUACUUUAAAUAUACAACAUGAUUUUAUAGUUAAAUUCCCUGAAAAUUGGAGAUUGUAUAUUGCAACAGCAAAAUAUUGGAUAGAUAACUUACCAGAAUUAAAAUCAAAUACUCAUAUAUAUGCAUUGCUGUUUGCAAUGUUAUAUCAUAUCAUUGAUUUGAAAAUUGGUUAUUGUAGAUCUAUGCAUAUAUUUGAAAAUAAAUAUAAACAAAAAUUGGAAGCAAUAAAAUCUUCAAAAAAAAAAGAUGUACAAAACAACUUUUUUUUAUUAGACUGUUCCUCAGAAAUAAGUAUUAUAGAAGCUCUUAAUGAAAUUACGGAAUGUGACUGUCUAAUAUUAGCACCAUUUUUUAUAUCUAAUAGUAAUAUGGAGAUCAAACUUCAACAAAAUCCAAAAAAUUUUAAACGAUCAGUUAUUCAUAUAUUUGCACAAUUUCAAAGUUGUUUAAAACAUAGUAUAGAUCUAAAUGCAUUACUGGGUUAUCCAUAUCAACUUACGAAAGUUUCUGAUAUGUUUAAUGGUACCUUAUUGUAUAAUUUAUACAAUAAUUUUAAAAGUCGUAAGAAAAUAGAAGAUUAUAUAUAUUGUAUACUAAAGUAUUCUCCAAAUUUUUUUCGAUUAUACCAUACAAUUUUAAUUGAAGUAAAGUCAAUGUUUAAGUUACGUUUCUAAAAAUGUUUGGUCUUACAAAAAAUAAAAAAAUUUAUAUUUGAUACAUGAUAUAAUG